AUGGAGGAGGGGGAGGACGAGGGGAUGGCCUCUGGCGGUGAGGGGUCAGGGCAGGACGGCGGCGCCGAGGCGAGCGGCACGGCCGGCGGCGCCGGCAACGGCGGCGGCGCCGCCGCGGGCGGCGCGGGCGUGAGGCGGCAAGGGGUCGACGAGGAGCUCGCUGACAUGGCGGACGCGCUGCUGCUGCUCCACGAGGGCGCGUGA